CAUAAGUGAGUAGACUUGAAAUUUAAAUAGGUAAUAAUAAUUAUUAAUUUUUAGAUAUUUUCAAUUUUGUUUYGCGUUUCACUGGCUGUUGCAUUGAGAUUUUAACUCAUCAUGGAGAAUAUAGACAAUAUUUUAACGAAACAGAUCGAUAAUCAAAUUAAAUCUCUUGAAGCAGAACCACUUAAUCACAUCUGGCAGAUGAAAAGAUUAAAAUCGCUACAAAAUUGGACCAUGGCUAAACCUAGUGCCAAGGAAAUGGCCGAAGCCGGUUUCUAUUGCCCAAAUCCAGAUAUACCUGAUACAGUAAGAUGUUUUUCUUGUUUCAUCGAAUUGGAUGGUUGGGAGCCGACCGACAAACCUUGGGAAGAACACAAGAAACGAGCCUUAUCAUUAAACCCGCCAUGUAGAUUCAUUGAAAUAGGUAAGAAGGAAUCAGAUUUUAUAGUAGACGAUUUCUUAGAAAUUCAAAAGAGUGUGAUAUUGCGCAUUUUUAAUGAAAAAUGUGACAAACUCACAAAAACAGCACUAUCUCUUCACAAAAAAAAGAAAUCAGCUCUCAAAAAAGACCUUCAAAAAAAGGGAAUGUCAUGAAAUAUGUUAUAUAUAUAUAUAUAUAUAAUAUACUUAUACAUUUAGACACAAUUCAAUAUGCUGGGCGCAGUUAAAUUUAUUGUAAAUUAGUUAUUAUAUAUUUUAAACAAGUUACUGAC